UAUAAAAGGCGGCCCCUGGGCGCCGGGGCAGACCGCGAGCAGAGCGCCCCCGAGCAGCUCCCGCGCCCCGCGCUCCUCCUCGGGAAGCACCUCGAGCUCGAGACGCCCGCAGCCCGUCCGCCGCGCACCCGUGUGUCGCCGUCUCGGCCUCCGCGCUCGCCCCGACCCUCCUGCGCGCCGCGAUGAGCUCCCGCACCGCCAGGACGCUCGCCCUCGCCGUCACCCUGCUCCACUUGGCCAGGCUGGCGCUCUCCACCUGCCCCGCCGCCUGCCACUGCCCCCUGGAGGCGCCCAAGUGCGCCCCCGGAGUCGGCCUGGUCGGGGACGGCUGCGGCUGCUGCAAGGUCUGCGCCAAGCAGCUCAACGAGGACUGCAGCAAGACGCAGCCCUGCGACCACACCAAGGGGCUGGAAUGCAACUUCGGCGCCAGCCCCACCGCUCAGAAGGGGAUCUGCAGAGCUCAGUCAGAGGGCAGACCCUGCGAAUAUAACUCCAGAAUCUACCAGAAUGGGGAGAGUUUCCAGCCCAACUGUAAACACCAGUGCACAUGCAUCGACGGCGCCGUGGGCUGCGUUCCGCUGUGCCCGCAGGAGCUCUCCCUCCCAGACCUGGGCUGCCCCAACCCCCGGCUGGUCAAAGUCACCGGGCAGUGCUGCGAGGAGUGGCUCUGCGACGAGGACGGUGCCAAGGACCCCAUGGACGACAGGGACGGCCUCCCGGGCAAGGCGCUGGCCUUCGAUGCCUCCGAGGUGGAGUUAACGAGAAACAACGAAUUAAUUGCCUUUGGAAAAGGCGGCUCCCUGAAGCGGCUCCCGGUUUUCCGAGCGGAGCCUCGCGUUCUCUACACCCCUCCUCUGCUCGGCCAGAAAUGCAUCGUUCAAACCACGUCGUGGUCCCAGUGCUCAAAGACCUGCGGAACUGGCAUCUCCACCCGCGUCACCAAUGACAACCCCGACUGCCGCCUGGUGAAGGAAACCCGCAUCUGCGAGGUGCGGCCGUGUGGACAGCCGGCCUUCGGCAGCCUGAAAAAGGGCAAGAGAUGCAGCAAGACCCGGAAAGCCCCCGAGCCGGUCAAGUUCACUUACGCCGGCUGCUCCAGCGUGAAGAAGUACCGGCCCAAGUACUGCGGCUCCUGCGUGGACGGCCGCUGCUGCGCGCCGCAGCAGACGCGGACCGUGAAGAUGCGCUUCCGCUGCGAGGACGGGGAGACGUUUGCCAAGAACGUCAUGAUGAUCCAGUCCUGCCGGUGCAGCUACAGCUGCCCGCACGCCAACGAGGCAGCCUUUCCCUUCUACCGGCUCUUCAACGACAUUCACAAAUUUAGGGACUAGAUGCUGCUCGGGUUUCCAGCACAGGGUGGACAAAGCGGGGAGAGAAGGGUGUGAGCGCCCCGGAGGCGUGGGUGGGUGGGGGCGGCGGCGAAGGGGCGCGGCGCUCGGCCGGGUCGGGUCGAGGGUCGAGUCUAGGCGUCGGGAGCUGCCUGCCGCGGCGCACGCGGCGCGGACGCUGCCGCGAUCGCAGAUACUUUUGCUUCGUAAUAUUGGAGCACAUGUUCCUGCUUCAUUUUGGAGCUUGUGGUGUGGAUGACGUCUGUUUCUGUUUGUAAAUUAUUCGGUAAAAGCGUCGUUUUCUCCAGGCUUUUUUCCUUGUGGGUCUGCAGGGGUGAGUGAGGAUGAGCUGGACAGUUGAAGGAAGGAAACGGGAGGCCCCCCCAGGGCGGCACUCCGUGAGUGUCCGUCAGAGGCAGCUAUCUGCACUCGAAACUGCAAACAGAAAUAGGUGUUUUAAGACUGAAUGUUUUUAUUUAUCAAAAUGUAGCUUUCCGGGAGGGAGGGGAAAUAUAAUACUGGAAUAAUUUGUAAAUGAUUUUAAUUUUAUAUUCAGUGAAAAGAAUUUAUUUAUGGAAUGAAUCAUUUAAUAAAGAAAUAUUUACCUAA